GGAGAGUUCCGACCGGGCCGCCGCCGCGGCAGGGAGGCCGUAAGCCAAAGCGCGGGCAGCGAAUUGGGCAAGCAGCCUUUCUCCUGCGCUCGUGCCCCGCCCCGCCGGGCGCGGCUCCUUUAAGGCCGGCGCAGACCCGCGCGUACUAAAAGCGCUGCCGCCGCCAUUCUGCCCCGUCCUGCCGCUGCCGCUUUCGCCGCCGCCAUCAUGCCCAUGUUUGCCAUCCAGACCAACAUCUGCAAGGACGCCGUGCCCGACAGCCUGUUAGGCGACCUCACCCAGCAGCUGGCCAAGGCCACCGGCAAGCCCGCGCAGUACAUCGCUGUGCACAUCAUACCUGACCAAAUGAUGUCGUUUGGGGGCUCCACUGAUCCCUGUGCGCUCUGCAGCCUGUACAGCAUCGGCAAAAUAGGAGGGCAGCAGAACAAGACUUACACCAAGCUCCUGUGUGAUCUGAUCUCUAAGCACUUGCAUGUAUCUGCAGACAGGGUGUACAUCAACUACUUUGACAUGAAUGCUGCCAACGUGGGCUGGAAUGGCUCCACCUUUGCAUAGAGCUCUGCUGUCUGUCUGAAGAGGCGGCUUCUGGACCUAUCCUCAUCCUGCCCCUUAGCAGAGACCACUGCAUGAAUGGCCGUGUUGCAUUUAGGCACUCUCAGAUUGAUGGCUCCCUGCUAGUGUGUUUAAAUAUUGCUACUUCAACAUUCCUCUUUUUCUCUGUGUAGAAAGCAAAUAAAGGUUUAGAAGUAA